AAGAAAGAUGGCGGCGCCCUGUGACCGCAGGAUUAACUAAAACUCUCCUGUCCUUCGCAUGUCUGUCUCAUCUGUCUCGCGGGCUCGUCUGUCCCUCAGCUCGUCUGUUUGACGAGCUUCACUGAACCCUUCCGCCAUGAUGCUGCUGCUGCGUUCACUGACCUCAGGCUCUCUCUGCAGAAGCUCCUGGACCCGUUCCUGCUGGACUCACUCUCCAGGAUGGAUGCUGCACCGCUCCUCGCGGCCUCCGGGGGGCACGGUGGCCCAGAUUUGGACCUUGGCUCAGAGAGCGGCCCGCCAGCAGCCCAGACCCUCGGGCCUGGUCCUGAGACAGCUGCUGGGUCCGAUGGCGGUCCUGAGCGUGUCGGCCCGCCUGCUGUGCCGCUCCGCUCGCUGCGAUGCCGACGUCAACAACAACAGCAGACAGCCGCACGCCGCGGCCGGCCCAGACUUCAACUGGCACGUCCUGUGGGAGUUCGUCAAGCCGCAGCUGCUGGCGCUGGUGUGCGCCGUGGUGCUGGCCUUCGGAGCCGCCGUCCUGAACAUCCACAUCCCGCUGAUGCUCGGGGACCUGGUCAACGUGGUGGCGCGGUACCUGCGGGAGCACACGGGGAACUACGUCCAGGAGAUCAGAGGCCCCGCCCUCAAGCUGCUCACUCUCUACGGAGUCCAGGGCCUGCUCACCACCGGCUACAUCAUCCUGCUGUCCCGGGUCGGAGAGAGAGUCGCCGCAGACAUGAGGAAGACGCUCUUCUCGUCCCUGCUCAGACAGGAUGUGGCGUUCUUCGACGCCAAUAAAACGGGUCAGCUGGUGAACCGACUGACUGCAGACAUCCAGGAGUUCAAGUCCUCCUUCAAACUGGUCGUUUCUCAGGGUCUCCGUAGCCUCACCCAGACGGUCGGCUGCUUCGUGUCUCUCUACCUGAUCUCGCCGAAGCUCACCGGUCUCACCGUGGUGGUUCUGCCCUGUCUGGUGGGGGCGGGCGCCGUCAUUGGCUCCUUCCUCCGUAAACUGUCCCGAUUGGCUCAGGAGCAGGUUUCCAUAGCGACCAGCGUUGCAGACGAGGCUCUGGGUAACGUUCGCACCGUCAAGGCGUUCGCGAUGGAGGAGAGAGAGCUGCAGCUGUACUCUGCUGAGGUGCAGAAGUCCUGCGACCUCAACGAGAACCUGGGAACAGGGAUCGCCGUCUUCCAGGGUCUCUCCAACGUCGCCCUCAACUGCAUUGUGUUAGGAACCAUCUUUGCAGGAGGAACUCUGAUCUCCAGUAAUGAAAUGUCUCCGGGGGAUCUCAUGUCCUUCCUGGUGGCCUCUCAGACGGUUCAGAGGUCUUUAGCCAGCAUCUCCAUCCUCUUCGGACAGGUGGUGAGGGGAAUCAGUUCCGGCGCUCGUGUGUUCGAGUAUCUGUCGCUGGAGCCGAGCAUCCGGCUGGCGGGGGGAGGACGGAUCCCGUACCACUCUCUGACGGGACGUGUGGACUUCAUGAACAUCUCCUUCAGUUAUCCCACCAGACCGGGUCACGAGGUCCUGAAGAGGUUCAGCCUCACGCUGCCUCCCGGGAAAACCGUGGCCAUCGUCGGGGAGUCCGGAGGAGGAAAGUCCACGGUGACGUCUCUGCUGGAGCGGUUCUACGACCCCACCAGCGGGGUCAUCAUGCUGGACGGCCUCGACAUCCGGACCCUGGACCUGUGCUGGCUCCGCGGUCAGGUCAUCGGAUUCAUCAAUCAGGAGCCGGUGCUCUUCGCCUCUUCCGUCAUGGAGAACAUCCGCUUCGGCAAACCCGAGGCGAGCGACGCCGAGGUGAUGGAGGCGGCGAAGCAGGCCAACGCUCACGGCUUCAUCACGUCCUUCCCUGACGGGUACCACACCGUGGUCGGCGAGCGAGGCGUGACCUUAUCGGGGGGGCAGAAGCAGCGCGUGGCCAUCGCCCGCGCCCUCAUCAAGAACCCCAGCAUCCUGGUGCUGGACGAGGCCACCAGCGCCCUGGACGCCGAGUCGGAGCGCGUGGUGCAGGAGGCGCUGGACAGGGCCACCAGGGGGCGCACCGUGCUCAUCAUCGCCCACCGGCUCAGCACCAUCCAGGGAGCCGACCUCAUCUGUGUCCUGAGCAACGGCCGGGUGGUGGAGGCUGGGACUCACCUGGAGCUGCUCAGUAAAGGAGGACUUUAUUCGGACCUGAUCCGGAGACAGAGAGCCAGCGGACACUCAUAAACUCUCCAGCUGGUUUCACGGUUUAAUGCUAAUUUAUUGAGGCGAAGACAGAAGUGGACCAACAGCAGGAGAGCAGGACUGGACAGCUUCAGCAUGGACCUCGUCCUGCCUCCAGCAGCAGAAUCACUCACUGUAAAAAGCUCUUUUAAUGAUACAGUUUAUUUUACAGAGACAUGGAAUAGAUUGAUGAAUCCCUCACUGGGUCCAGUGAAACAAUGAACACCUUCAUAAAACAUUUAUUGA